UUAGUCGUUAGCCUCCCUCAACCAAUCAGCGCUGGGCUCCAUCAAAACCGUACAUUUGGGCUACCGUUGCUUUCCGCUUACAUUUAGUGUUGCAAGUCUUGUGACGUUAGUCAUGAUUUAUCGGGUUAACGGCCCAUCUUUAGUUUUAUUUUCAUAAACACGUCAUGUAAACGUUAAUAGUGUCAUCAGCUGCGCUCUAAAGUGCAUUUGCCUUUUUGUUGGUGACCAUUCAGUGUUUGAUAUAAAAAUAGAAAUGAAUUCGCAAAUCAGACAAAACUUCCACCAGGACUGCGAGGCUGCUAUUAACAGGCAGAUCAACCUGGAGCUUUAUGCCUCUUAUGUGUAUCUCUCUAUGGAAUACUAUUUUGAUAGGGAUGAUAAAUCCCUCCCAGAGUUUGUAAAGUUCUUCCAUACACAAUCCAAAGAGGAGCACGAGCAUGCAGAGAAGCUGAUGAGUCUGCAGAGCAAGCGGGGAGGCAGCAUCUUUCUGCAGGACAUUAAGAAACCGGAUAGAGAUGAGUGGGGGAGCGGCCUGGAGGCGUUGGAGUGUUGCUUGCAGCUUGAAAAAAGUGUAAACCAAUCUCUGCUAGACUUGCAGAAAAUGGCGACUGAACACAACGAUCCUCAUUUGUGUGACUUCAUAGAAGCACAUUUUCUGGAUGAACAGGUGAAAUCUAUAAAACAGCUUGCGGACUGGAUAUCCAACUUGCAGCACAUGGGAGCCCCUCAGAGUGGCAUGGCUGAGUACCUCUUUGACAAACACACGAUGGCUGAGGAGGGCAGUUAAACGAUCCGCUGUGACACCGAUGACCAUCCUGCUCAGCGCUGGAUGUCAGCGGGCUCCUGCUUCAACAUGUAAUAGAGAUAAUGCUGCUUUGUUUAUGUUUGUAAGCUGUCAAUCAAGACAGAUGGCUCUUUAAACUGGACUACUGGGGACCUCAACUCACGUUACAUACCAGAUAACAAUGGAUUUAAUUGAAAUAAACAUCUUUAGGUCAUGACAGUUAUGUGUUCGUACUUCCUGAUUUUUUAAGUGUGGUGGCUAAAACUACAAUUUAUUUUCUGAGCUAAAGAAUACUUUUUUUAAAGAAUACUUGCUUAUCUUUGAGCUAUAAAAAUGUAUGGCGGCUGUGCCAAUGUAAAAUUAAAAAAAUAAUUUAAAAUGACUGGUUUGUGUAUAUAUAUAUAAUUUGUUUAUGAUAAUGAAUUUCACAUAUUUCAAAUAUGAUCCACAUAACAGUUU